AUGGCGGAUAGCAAAAGCCUCAUGACCGACGAAGCGUCGUCUGUUGAUGAUAGGAUCUCUGAAGGAUCCUCUCAGCCAUCCAUCAUCAUGGAAAGUUGCCUGCCAGGAAAUAAUUUUUCCCAGGUUAUGCAAGAUCUCCUCCUCUUUGAAUCACAAAUUGAGCGAAGGUUCCUCACCACAAACGCAGUCUAUAGAUACACAUGUGGUAAUACAAACUGCGGUUUCACAUGUGGAGUGCCGCAUCUUAUGUUGAUUGUGAGAGUGCGAGGCCUUGCUGAUGACCAGGUUGGCAUUAUACUUCAAUCUGCCGAAAAGCCCAUUGAGAACAUUUUGCCUCAAGUUCCUAAGCCGCGAUACAGCUAUAGAACAUGGAGGAACUCGAGAUGGAACAUCAUACGGCGAAUGCUCUUGUGUUUAUUUGUGUAUUACACAUACGGAGAUAUGCAGCGUAUCUGUCGACUCACAACAAGACCACUUCAUGUUUGUGUCCUCGGAGGUAUUAUGGGGAGGGUGCUCGACCUGCAGAAACGGUUCUUGCUGGCGAACCCUGAGCCAGAAUAUCGCAAGCCACAAGAUCGUGAACGAGAUAUGCUUCUGGCAAAAGAGAUCAUGCUAUAA